AUGGGACAAAAGGAUCGAGCCGUGGGAGCAAACGGCUACAUCAGUGGUGUCAAUGGACACGCAAAAGCAAACGGCACCGUGCCAAUGAGUACAAAAAUGGAGGAGGACAUUUACGAGGAGGAAAACAUCUUCCUCUUCAUCCCCAACAUCAUCGGAUAUGCUCGAAUCAUCCUCGCCCUCGCCUCUUUAUACUAUAUGCCCCUGCACCCUCGCACGUGCUCCGGCUUGUACAGUUUCUCCUGCAUUCUCGAUGCCGCAGACGGCCUUGCUGCGCGCCGAUACAACCAGUCCACCACUUUCGGCGCAGUGCUGGACAUGGUGACCGACCGCUGUACAACCUCUUGCUUGCUUGUUUUCCUGGCCUCGGCGUUCCCGAGGUGGUCGAUCAUCUUCCAGGGACUGAUCAGCUUGGAUUUGGCGAGUCACUACGUUCACAUGUAUGCGACCCUGACCAUGGGCGGACAAAGUCAUAAGAAAGUGGACUCGAGCCGGAGCUGGAUUCUACAUCUGUAUUACACGAAUAAGGUCGUGCUUUUCAUGUUCUGCGCUCUGAACGAACUCUUUUUCAUUGCCCUUUACCUCCUCUCCUUUUCCUCGCCUCUCCUAUCCCCCUCACUUCUGGUCACCAGUGAGAGCGGCCUAUCAUCCACCCAACCCGGGUCACCCGCACACCCCAAACCCAGCGCCAUCUUUGUCAAUCCCUGGAGUGCGGGGGCGAUGGAAAUGGCUCGCGCGAACAAGAUGGAUAGCACUAUUCCCUGGAUUCUGGCAGGGAUCAGCGCCCCCAUUAUGCUUGGGAAGCAGAUCAUCAACGUCAUUCAGCUGGUCAAGGCCUGCAAGUGGUUGGGCGAAGGAGACGUGGCAGCGAGGAGAAAGGCAGGCAUCACAAAGAUGAGAAAGAAGAAGGCGUAA